AUGGGGCCUCCGGAGACUCCUGGCAGAUAUCUGCAACACCCAUCCCCAGGCCUGUUCCCAACCCUUCAGCUUUCACCGGACAUUUAUGCCACCCAGUUCUCGGCCGGCCCGGCCACAGCGCCGGCCUAUUCCAAUCAAAGGUUCUUCUGGGAUCCUUCAAAUGUCGACUUUCAGGACCCUUCUUUCUGCCAGCCAUAUCAAGAUCACUUCCAAUUCAGCCCAGUGACAGCUACCCCUCCAUUCACCUCCUCAUCCACAGUCCUACCCAGUCUUGCGGCCACAAAUCCGCCCUUGGAGGAGCGGCCUUACGAGUUACCUGCCCUGCCUCGUUCAGCCAGUUACUCCCACAAUGACACAUCUGCCUUCCCAGCCCCAUUCACAACAUCGCCGAGAGUUCCUGCGCCGCAGAUGGAAAACCCAAGCAUGUUCUUGAGCUCACCGGCACGAAGGUUUGGGACCGGUGACCAAUAUUCGAGCCGUUUCCCACAACACCUGGGCCCUGAACGGCCGGCUUAUGCACAUCAAAUUGAAGAGUCGAAGCGAGAAGAGGAAAGCAAGAGACUGCGACGAGGAGAUUCAAGGAAGCCGUCCAUUACGCGCUCUGUUAUGGAAGCCUUGAGACGCCCAGUCUCUCCAAAGAAGGAUGGCAGACCGGGCCUGAAGAGAAGCCUGACUCACACAGGAGUGCGUAAUGAACGAGGCUUCAAGCCGCAGAGCCUAGGCAGCGUUGGAGGACGCAAUUCUCCCAUCCCGCAUGACCACAACAUGCAUAGACCGGGCCGAUCUUCACCACUCAAAUCAACGGUCGACCCAGUAGCGCGGACGCUGAGCACUAGUAGGAACGCGAAGCGGGGGGCUAUGUCUCUGGCCAUUGACGAGAAUGGUGUCGCCAAAACAGUCAUCUCAAAGGUGUCUGACGAUAUGGACCUAGACGAGACAUCCGAGAGCGAGCCGGACUCUUUUGAUGAGGAAGACUUUCACUUUCUUCACAGCCAAGGCAACUCUUUCGCCUGCGGUGGGGAUGAUGAACCCACCCAGGCUCAGGCGAGCCGGCUGCACGGUCAUUGCAAGACCGAUUCCCACUCUACAACCACCUCGGCCAACUCUGCCAGGCAAUCCUCGUACCAGGGUUCGUCGUCAAGUCUUACAAACAACAGGAGUUCCGACGGACAACAGGGUCGAAGGAAGCGGCCCAUUCUUGGCUCUAACGUUCAUGACGAUACGUUGAUGGAAGAAGAGCCGAGUGGUAAUGCCCAACAGGUCUUACGAGCGAUCAUACAAGACCGCUCCCGAUCCACAUCCUCGCAGGGGGACAACAAUCAGCUGCAUUCCUCGCCUCCCUUGCACCAGGGCCAAUAUGCUUCAUACAACGCAUCGCCAACAACGAUCACGGAUCCGGAUCUCGCAACACCGAGCACCGAUAUGGAUAGCCUCGCAAGUAACCUGAGUCUCCGUUGCUUGUGCAAGUCAUCUAUCCCGGACGGCUCGGUGCCCAUGGUCCAAUGGUAA